UAGAUUCCUUAUCUCUCUCUCUCUCUCUCUCUCUCUGUGUUAUUAAUCUGCUAUUUCACACUCAAAUGUUAGAUUUCCUUCGCUGCAAAAACCAAUUAGCAAAAGAGGGAGGAAAGAGAGACAUAAGUUCCAUUCUUCCUCAAUCUCUCUUUCUUUCUUUCAAUUUUUUUGUUUUGUUCUAAAACAUUUCUUACAGUUUCCACAACCAUCAACAUUUUGCUCAUGAAUCAUCAAUCACCCACAUACCCAUUUCAGUUUCUGCAAUUUAUGGAAGAAAGUAAGAAGAGAGACAAGUACUCGUGGAUUUUCUUGUUUCCUCUGCUUCUGUUUUUUGCCUCUGGAUUUGCUUCAGCCCAGCACUGGGAUGGUGUGGUUGUAACCCAAUCAGAUUUCCAAGCUCUCAAUGCCAUCAAACAUGAACUCAUCGAUUUCAAAGGAGUUUUAAAGAGCUGGAAUGACAGUAGCUCCGGCGCUUGCUCUGGCGAUUGGGUCGGAAUCAAAUGUGUUAAUGGCCAAGUCAUUGCUAUCCAGCUUCCAUGGAAGGGCUUAGGCGGUCGAAUCUCCGAGAGAAUCGGCCAGCUUCAAGCCCUUCGAAGGAUUAGCCUCCACGACAAUGUCUUAGCCGGUACGGUCCCUUACUCUCUCGGGUUCUUACCCAAUCUCAGAGGAAUUUAUCUCUUCAAUAAUCGCCUUUCGGGUUCAAUCCCACCUUCAAUUGGUCACUGUCCUGUUCUCCAGACUCUUGAUCUCAGCAAUAACGAGCUCACUGGUACGAUUCCUCUGAGUCUUGCAAACUCUACCAAGUUGUAUAGACUCAAUCUGAGCUUCAAUUCGAUAAUGGGUUCAAUCCCAGUUAGCCUAACUCAGUCUUCUUCCCUAACCUUCCUUGCUCUGCAACACAACAACCUCUCUGGCUCUGUUCCAGAUUCAUGGGGUGGAAGUGAAACCACAGAGAAGAAAAUUUAUCAGCUUCAAAUCUUGACCCUUGAUCACAAUUUGCUCUCUGGAAUGAUUCCAUCUUCUUUGAGCAAGUUGGGUAGCCUUGAAAUGCUCAAUUUGUCGGAAAAUUCUAUCAAUGGGAGCUUCCCAGCAAGUCUAACCAACCUCUCUUCUCUUGUUUCACUCAAUCUUGGAUCCAAUCACCUCAAUAAGCAAAUCCCAGAAACCAUUGACAGAUUACAGAACCUUUCAGUACUGAUCUUGAAGAACAACCAGUUCAAUGGCCAGAUUCCAGAAACUAUUGGGAAUAUCUCUACCAUCACUGUACUUGAUUUGUCUAACAACAAUUUCACCAGCAGAAUCCCAAAUUCACUUGCCAAAUUACCCAACCUUACUUAUUUCAAUGUUUCCAACAACAAUCUUUCUGGCAUUGUUCCUCCUCUCCUCUCCAAAACCUUCAAUUCAAGCUCUUUUGCCGGGAAUUUGCAGCUUUGUGGGUAUAGUCCCUCGAGUCCAUGUCCUUCUCCCCCGCCUCAAAUGCUGCCUUCAUCUCCACCCCCAGAGGGUUCAAAUCAUCGCCAUCGUGGCCUUAAUACGAAGGACAUAAUUAUUAUAGCAGCUGGAGUCCUCCUUGUGGUUCUUUUGCUACUCUGCUGUGUUUUAGUCUGUUGUCUGGUCAAGAAAAAAGUGAUUGGAAAGAAAAACAAUGGGAAAAAAGCCGGUGGUCAGCCUGCAGGGGGAGGCGAGAAGGCAGUCCCUUCUGAAACUGGGGCUGAAGUUGAGUCUGGUGGCGAAGCGGGUGGUAAAUUAGUCCAUUUCGAUGGGCCAUUUGUGUUUGGAGCAGAUGAUCUGUUGUGUGCGACAGCGGAGAUAAUGGGGAAGAGCCCGUAUGGAACGGUGUACAAGGCGACUUUGGAAGAUGGUAAUGAGGUCGCGGUGAAGAGGUUGAGAGAGAAAGUCGCGAAGGGACAGAAGGAGUUUGAGAGUGAGGUUGUGGCGCUUGGGAAGAUUCGACAUCCGAAUGUGUUAGCCCUCAGAGCAUAUUAUUUGGGACCCAAAGGAGAGAAGCUUCUUGUUUUUGAUCAUAUGCCUAAUGGGAGUCUUGCAACCUUCCUCCAUGCUCGAGGGCCUGAAACCACAGUACCAUGGCCCACAAGGAUGAACAUAGCAAUGGGCAUCACACGAGGACUACACUACCUGCACACCCAAGAGAACAUAAUGCAUGGAAACCUCACAUCGAGUAAUGUACUACUCGAUGAAACAAAUCCAAAAAUUGCAGAUGUUGGCCUCUCUCGCCUCAUGACCAAUGCAGCCAACACCAAUGCGCUUGCCACUGCUGGUUCUCUUGGGUACAAUGCCCCAGAGCUCUCAAAACUCAAAAAUGCCAACACAAAGACCGAUGUCUACAGCCUCGGAGUGAUCAUAUUGGAGCUCUUGACUGGAAAAUCCCCAAGUGAAGCAACAGAUGGUGGAGAUUUACCUCAGUGGGUGGCUUCGAUUGUGAAAGAAGAGUGGACUAAUGAAGUGUUUGACGUUGAGUUAAUGAGAGACGGGUCCAAUUCUGGCGAUGAUGAGUUGCUCAAUACAUUGAAAUUAGCUCUGCAUUGUGUCGAUCCCUCUCCAUCAGCACGCCCAGAGGCUGAGCAAGUUCUUCAACAGCUUGAGGGGAUUAAAGAUUCAUCAAAAACCGAUUAAAGAAAUUUCUUAAAUGAUUAGUAGAAGGAAGAGGGCGGUUUGGGUAGUUGACAAAUUUUUGUUUUAUUAGGCUUGUUAUAAUUUCAUUUGUUAAUGUGCAUAUAUAGAUAAUAAGUAAGUCUAUACGAGAUUGUUUCA